AUGGAUUAUUCCGAAGUUUCUUGUGAUGCAUCAGAAGACAAACCAUCAAACGUAAAAAUAUCCCUUAAGUAUGGUAAACCAGUGUACAGAGUGACAUUUAACGCAAUCCAGUUUUUAUACACCCUAUUCAUUUUGGAUGUAACUCUAUGCAUAAUAGGUGCAAUAGCAACCCUUACAUCAUCAGUGCAGGUUGGAAGGCAUUUAGGGCACUUUAUUAACUUGGUUUCGAAUGGCGAUGGUAAUUUGGUACCGAUUUUGGAAGGCAUACCUUCAUUUUUAUUCAUUGUACUGAAUAUAGCGGAAUUUUGGGCUUUAUGGAAGAUAUUUGAGCCUGAUAAGUAUUCCGUCAACAUGAACAGAAUCCUGUUUAUUCUCAUAUUAAUCUCACUUGGGAUUGUUUUAAUGGUUAUUAUAUUCAUGAUCGUUAUUUUGGUCGAAAUAUACCGUCCACAUGGACAGGUGCAUGAUGGUAUCAUUGAAGGUAUGAAUAAAUACGCUAACCAUUCCCUAAUAAAGGCCACAAUAGAUAUGGUACAGAUAGAGUUUGAUUGUUGUGGAUCCAAAAAAUACGACGAAUGGUAUACAAUACCGUGGUAUGAAGGAAAUAUUGCUGACCUGAACAAACCGUGA